AUGCUUUUUAGCUCCAACCAGUCUCUGGUGAAGGAGUUUGUGCUGCAGGGCUUCUCAGAGCACCCGGAGCUGCGGCUGCCCCUGCUGGGCUGCUUCCUCUCUCUCUACACCCUUGCACUGGUGGGCAACACUGUCAUCAUUGCACUGAUCAGCUGCAGCGCCAGCCUCCGCAGCCCCAUGUACUUUUUCCUCUUCAAUCUAGCUACCAUGGACAUUGUCUGCACCUCGUCCGUGCUGCCCAAGGCCCUGGUGGGUCUGGUCUGGGAAGAAAACACUAUCUCUUUCCCAGGAUGCAUGGCUCAGCUCUUCUUCCUCCUCUGGUCCCUGUCUUCUGAGCUCCUGCUACUCACAGUGAUGGCUUAUGACCGCUAUGUGGCCAUCUGCCACCCACUGCAUUACAGCUCCAUAAUGAGCCCACGGCUGUGUGUGGCCCUGGCCUCCGGUGUGUGGCUCAUCUGCGCGGUCAAUGCCUCGGUGCAUACUGGGCUGAUGGUGCAGCUGAGCUUCUGUGGUCCCAAUCUCAUCACACAUUUCUUCUGUGAGAUUCCCCCGCUCCUGCUGCUCUCCUGUAGCCCCACGCUGGUGAACAGCAUCAUGACUGUCCUGGCUGAUGCCUUCUAUGGAGUCAUAAACUUCCUGCUUACAUUGAUGUCCUAUGGGUUCAUCAUCGCCAGCAUCCUGCGCAUCCGCUCAGCCGAGGGCAAGCGGCGGGCCUUCUCCACUUGCUCUUCCCACCUGCUGGUGGUCUCAGUGUACUAUUCAGCUGUAUUUUGUUCCUACAUUAGCCCAGCCUCCAGCUAUGGCCCUGAGCGAAACAAAGUGUCUGGAGCACUAUACACAGCACUGAGCCCCACCCUGAAUCCUAUAAUCUACUCUUUGAGGAACACUGAGGUCAAGAAUGCCGUGGGGAGACUCAUCCCCCUUCUGAAGCGUUGA